AUGCAGGAGGCAAGGGCGGAUAAACCUGAAGGAAAGAGGAUCGAAGGACAGGGAAGUCGGCAGAGCAGACAGAAAGGGAGAGAAGGACUGAGGGGCUCAAGGUUCCAACAGUACACCUCCCUCAACACCCUCAGGGCCCGAAUACUGCAAGAAGCACUAAGCGCACAUAUCAUGCAAACUCCAUUGAGGCGUCCCACCCCUCCAGGGACAGACCUUACCAAACAUUGUUUAUAUCACCAGAACUCGGGGCAUGAUACGAAGGAAUGUGUGACGCUCAGAGAUAAGAUCGAGGAGUUAGUCCGAGCGGGGCGUUUACAACGCUAUGUGAAGAUGAGCGGGAUCGACCAGUACCACGAUAGGCAACCGAUUCCUCGACCGCAAAUUCCUCCACGGCAGAAUGUCAGACCAAGAAGCCCCCAUAGGGAAGGGCGCGAUGUGAACGUUCGAAACCAUAGGCCCUCGAGAGAGGAUGGUAGGCGGGAGAGGAGGAGCAUAAGUCGUAGCCGGGACGAGGAUAGACGACGUCCGCUGCGUGGAAUAAUAAAUACUAUAUCCGGCGGAUUCGCGGGAGGAGGAUCUACCUCCUCGGCAAGGAAAAGGAGCAUUCGGGCAUUGCGAUCCAUACAUGCCGUAGACGUCCCAAAGAGAACGAUGCCCCCCAUCACCUUGACAAAUGAGGACUUUCAUGCUCCCAACCCGGACCAGGACGACCCAAUGGUGAUUACAGUAGAAAUAGCCCAAUAUGGGGUUAGCAAGGUGCUAGUCGACCAAGGAAGUUCGUCAACAUCCUUUAUUGGAAAACGUUUUCCCAAAUGGAUAUCUCGGAAGACCUCAUAA